AUAAAAAGCAUUAGGUAGAUGAGGAGAGUUUUAAGACAAACAGUACAAUGGCUGGGGGCUCUCUCUUCAUUUGGAUUCCCUUCCUUCUCUCAUGUGUCUUUCAAGCUUCUGACAACAGAUAUGUCUGUCGGGGUGUGUAUGAUUCAAAUGAUGAUAUAAAAAAUCCAGAGACAGACCACAUCUCGCAGAUCCCAAUAACCCUACCAGAAGGAAUUGAUCCCAAGAAUAUAAAUAUAACGUCAAUAACCAUCAAAACUUGUACUGAUAUGAGGGAACAGCUGGAACAGCUUAACAUUCAGCUUCAGCAGACAAAUCUCCGCAACAGCCACCUUGAUAAUGAAGCCUUUGGGUUAAGGAGGGAAGUGAGACAGCUGAACCUACAGCUUGCCACAUGCAGUGCGACAGCCUCAGCUAUUACUGGCUCUUAUCAAACCCAGCUCCUCAACAAAAUGAAGCAGCUUCUGGAGACAUUUGAUAGUGAUACAUUUCUGAUCCUGAAAAUCAUUGCACUGACCAGGGAGGUGAAUACAUUACAGAAGAAGAUCAAACGUGCUGCUAAUGCUACUGAAACCUCUGAAAUCGGAGUGCUGCAGAGAGAGCAGCAAGAGAAGAUCAAUGAACUGAACGUGAAGACGCAGCAGAUGGAAAGCAGCCACCCAAACUCGGCGCUCAUUCUUCAGAUCAUCUCACUGCAAAAUCAGAUCUGGGAUAAGGAACGGGCACAAUCAAGAAGAGGAGAAACUAAUCUUCAGCCGGACAACAACAUUUUGGCUCUACAAGGGCAGCUGGACAGGAAGAUCAGUGAGCUGCGAGCCAAAGAAGAUGCAGACUCAGCUAUGCUGGAGCUGAUUUCUGUGCACACUAAGAUCACAGUGAUGCAGAGGCUCAUCAGUGUCCACAUUGAGAGAUCCAGAGCUAGUGCUGCUGAUUACCAGAGGCAGUGGAAGCAAAAAGCUGAGCUCCUUAGAAGAAAGAUCGUACAGUUGAACCGUGAGGAGAGUAACACAGAACUUACCAAGGAAAUCUUGUUUCUGCAGACAGAGGUGGAGCAUUUUAGACAGUUAAUGUUAAACGCCAAAAAGACAACGGAGUCCCAAAUUAAAGAGCUAAGAGUUAUUUUGGAGGAAGAGAAGAAACAGCAAGCUAACUUACAGAAACACCUGGAGGAAACAGACUAUGCCCAGUCACAACUGAUCAUGAAAUUCAUCAGCGUAAUGAAAGAGGUGAGAGAGCUGGACGAUGAUGAGCAGCACCAUACGACAUCAACAAGUCAAGCCACCACUCUUCAGACUCUGCUUCAAGCCAAAGAAAAGGAAUUUGCCAUAGCCCAGGCUGAAAUAAAUGAGCUGCAGAGGAAACUGCAAUUAAAGAGCAAAGAAUGCUCUGGAUUUGAGGAAAGAUAUGAGGUGGUAAAGACUGAAAUUGAACAGAAGAUUGUAGAACUGAACAGAACCAGAAACUCCAAAGCAGCACUCAUUCUGAACGUGAUAAACUUGCAUGGUGAUCUGAAGACUCUGAGGGAUCUGAUCUCCGCUGCAAGUGAUCCAGACAGGAUCUCAGAGCUGCAGAGGCAACUGGAGGAGAAACAAGAAGAACUUAACUCCAAGACUGCUGACAUGGAGAGACUGAUUCCCAACCCCAAAAUAAUUUUAACAAUCAUCGAGCUGCAGAACAACAUCUGGGACCUUCAGAAAAAGGCUGCCAAUGAUAGCACUGGUGACGAUGUAAAAGAUUUGCAAGACAGAGUGAAAGGCCUUAUCAGUGAAUUAGACGACAAUGGUGACGACGACAACGCAAAACUGAUGCUGACGAUCAUAACGCUGCAGAGUCAGGUGGAGCAGCUGCAGAGACAGUUACCAACCACUCUGGUAACACAGCUCACUGAUGAUCUGAAGAUCCAGCUGCAGAAAUACGUCAACGAGCUGAAUGAGAAAAACCAGACAACUGCCAGGUUGAUUCUGACAAUCACUGAUCUGCAAAACCAACUCAGGAACCUAGAAAAAGGAGAGCACAAUAAGGACCAAACAGCGUCUGCUGCCAUUACUAAGCUGAGAGAACAACUGAAGGCAAAAGUGGAGGAGCGCAUCCGUGAUCAAGCUGAGAUCAAGGCACUGCAGAACAAACUGAACCAGACGGAGGCACAGUGUACCGGGUUUGAGCACAAACUUAAAGAUCUGCAGACCAACCUGGAUGCCAAAAUGAAGGAACUGCAGUCCAAAUCUGAGUCUGUUUCUUCACUUGCUCUCCAGGUUUCUACAUUAACCCUGCAACUGGAGGAGCUGAAGAGACAACUACAGAACACGAAAUCUGAAACCAAGAUCAACGAGCUUCAAAAACUUAUAGAUGAGAAAAAUAAUGAGCUGGCCAGAAAAACCGAAGAGCUAAAAGCAAGCAGUGCUCAACCACAAAGAAUUCUACAGAUCAUUGCAAUACAAACACAGAUUGAGAAACUGUCAUAUGUGGCAGCAAAUGACACAGAUUACGAAAUGAUUAGAGCACUCCAAGACCAUUUGAAUAAUUUGGUGGACGGAAUUCAAGAUGAAAACAAUGAAAAUACUAAACUGAUGUUUAAAAUUUUGGCUCAUCAAGAUGAAAUAGCAAGAUUGGAGAAGCAAGAAAAGCGUCAGACACAAGCAGCAUUGGACAGAAUUAAAGGUGGGGAGCAAUAUAUACAGGUCACUUAUUAUGAAUGUAUUUCAUUGACCUCUAAAUCAUCUUCAGAGCUGCGAAAGAGACUGGAAUUGAUAACACUGCAACUGCAAGACAGUGAACUUCGACUCCAGGAAGCCGAUGCAAAGAAUUUUAACUUGAUAAUGGAGAUUGCUGAUUUGAGGACACAACUGAAAAAGGCUCAGAAAAAGACAUCCAAACCUGCUGAAAAUAGCAAUGAAUUGGAACAACAACUAGAAACACAACAAAGAGUGAACAAAAGACUUGAAAGCGCAAAUAAAGACUUAAAUGAAGAGGUCAAGGAACUGAAAAUGUGCUGCACUGAUGAUGUCACCCACUGUGCCGAUUUACAAAGACAACUGCAACAGAGCCAGGAGGACGCGGAUCGCCUGCAGCAGCAGCUGCGCGAGAAGGAUGCCAACCUCAAACAGCUGCAGCAGCAGUUAGAAGAGCAGAUCACGGAGAAUAACAGACUGCAAAAUGAGAAGAACCAACUUGAGGAUUAUGUACAAGAUCUCCAAAACAGACUGAGUAAUGUGGAAGAUAAGACGAUCUAUGCCAAGCUGAGAGAACAACUGAAGGCAAAAGUGGAGGAGCGCAUCCGUGAUCAAGCUGAGAUCAAGGCACUGCAGAACAAACUGAACCAGACGGAGGCACAGUGUACCGGGUUUGAGCACAAACUUAAAGAUCUGCAGACCAACCUGGAUGCCAAAAUGAAGGAACUGCAGUCCAAAUCUGAGUCUGUUUCUUCACUUGCUCUCCAGGUUUCUACAUUAACCCUGCAACUGGAGGAGCUGAAGAGACAACUACAGAACACGAAAUCUGAAACCAAGAUCAACGAGCUUCAAAAACUUAUAGAUGAGAAAAAUAAUGAGCUGGCCAGAAAAACAGAAGAGCUAAAAGCAAGCAGUGCUCAACCACAAAGAAUUCUACAGAUCAUUGCAAUACAAACACAGAUUGAGAAACUGUCAUAUGUGGCAGCAAAUGACACAGAUUACGAAAGGAUUAGAGCACUCCAUGACAAUUUGAAUAAUUUGGUGGACGGAAUUCAAGAUGAAAACAAUGAAAAUACUAAACUGAUGUUUAAAAUUUUGGCUCAUCAAGAUGAAAUAGCAAGAUUGGAGAAGCAAGAAAAGCGUCAGACACAAGCAGCAUUGGACAGAAUUAAAGAUCUGGAGAAUGAACUGGAGGACAUCAGAAAUCAGAUAGAAGAAAAGACACUGUUGCUGGAUUCAAGUGAUACAAGGAUCGGCAAUCUAACGGCUCAGAUUAUGGAACUUCACAAGAAAAUCAAACCACUAGAAGACGAGAUAUUAAACGUUAGAGAUACAAGCACUGAGAACGCCAGAGUGCUGCAAAAGAGACUGGAAUUGAUAACGCGGCAACUGCAAGACAGUGAACUUCGACUCCAGGAAGCCGAUGCAAAGAAUUUUAACUUGAUAAUGGAGAUUGCUGAUUUGAGGACACAACUGAAAAAGGCUCAGAAAAAGACAUCCAAACCUGCUGAAAAUAGUAAUGAAUUGGAACAACAACUAGAAACACAACAAAGAGUGAACAAAAGACUUGAAAGCGCAAAUAAAGCUCUGCAGAAUAAACUGAACCAGACGGAGGCACAGUGUACCGGGUUUGAGCACAAACUUAAAGAUCUGCAGACCAACCUGGAUGCCAAAAUGAAGGAACUGCAGUCCAAAUCUGAGUCUGUUUCUUCACUUGCUCUCCAGGUUUCUACAUUAACCCUGCAACUGGAGGAGCUGAAGAGACAACUACAGAACACGAAAUCUGAAACCAAGAUCAACGAGCUUCAAAAACUUAUAGAUGAGAAAAAUAAUGAGCUGGCCAGAAAAACAGAAGAGCUAAAAGCAAGCAGUGCUCAACCACAAAGAAUUCUACAGAUCAUUGCAAUACAAACACAGAUUGAGAAACUGUCAUAUGUGGCAGCAAAUGACACAGAUUACGAAAAGAUUAGAGCACUCCAUGACCAUUUGAAUAAUUUGGUGGACGGAAUUCAAGAUGAAAACAAUGAAAAUACUAAACUGAUGUUUAAAAUUUUGGCUCAUCAAGAUGAAAUAGCAAGAUUGGAGAAGCAAGAAAAGCGUCAGACACAAGCAGCAUUGGACAGAAUUAAAGAUCUGGAGAAUGAACUGAAGGACAUCAGAAAUCAGAUAGAAGAAAAGACACUGUUGCUAGACUCAAGUGAUACAAGGAUCGGCAAUCUAACGGCUCAGAUUAUGGAACUUCACAAGAAAAUCAAACCACUAGAAGACGAGAUAUUAAACGUUAGAGAUACAAGCACUGAGAACGCCAGAGUGCUGCAAAAGAGACUGGAAUUGAUAACGCGGCAACUGCAAGACAGUGAACUUCGACUCCAGGAAGCCGAUGCAAAGAAUUUUAACUUGAUAAUGGAGAUUGCUGAUUUGAGGACACAACUGAAAAAGGCUCAGAAAAAGACAUCCAAACCUUCUGAAAAUAGUAAUGAAUUGGAACAACAACUAGAAACACAACAAAGAGUGAACAAAAGACUUGAAAGCGCAAAUAAAGAGCUGAGAGAACAACUGAAGGCAAAAGUGGAGGAGCGCAUCCGUGAUCAAGCUGAGAUCAAGGCUCUGCAGAAUAAACUGAACCAGACGGAGGCACAGUGUACCGGGUUUGAGCACAAACUUAAAGAUCUGCAGACCAACCUGGAUGCCAAAAUGAAGGAACUGCAGUCCAAAUCUGAGUCUGUUUCUUCACUUGCUCUCCAGGUUUCUACAUUAACCCUGCAACUGGAGGAGCUGAAGAGACAACUACAGAACACGAAAUCUGAAACCAAGAUCAACGAGCUUCAAAAACUUAUAGAUGAGAAAAAUAAUGAGCUGGCCAGAAAAACAGAAGAGCUAAAAGCAAGCAGUGCUCAACCACAACGAAUUCUACAGAUCAUUGCAAUACAAACACAGAUUGAGAAACUGUCAUAUGUGGCAGCAAAUGACACAGAUUACGAAAAGAUUAGAGCACUCCAAGACCAUUUGAAUAAUUUGGUGGACGGAAUUCAAGAUGAAAACAAUGAAAAUACUAAACUGAUGUUUAAAAUUUUGGCUCAUCAAGAUGAAAUAGCAAGAUUGGAGAAGCAAGAAAAGCGUCAGACACAAGCAGCAUUGGACAGAAUUAAAGAUCUGGAGAAUGAACUGGAUGACAUCAGAAAUCAGAUAGAAGAAAAGACACUGUUGCUGGACUCAAGUGAUACAAGGAUCGCUAAUCUAACGGCUCAGAUUAUGGAACUUCACAAGAAAAUCAAACCACUAGAAUACGAGAUAUUAGACGUUAGAGAUACAAGCACUGAGAACGCCAGAGAGCUGCAAAAGAGACUGGAAUUGAUAACGCGGCAACUGCAAGACAGUGAACUUCGACUCCAGGAAGCCGAUGCAAAGAAUUUUAACUUGAUAAUGGAGAUUGCUGAUUUGAGGACACAACUGAAAAAGGCUCAGAAAAAGGCAUCCAAACCUUCUGAAAAUUGCAGUGAAUUGGAACAACAACUACAAACACAACAAAGAGUGAACAAAAGACUUGAAAGCGCAAAUAAAGACUUAAAGGAAGAGGUCAAGGAACUGAAAAUGUGCUGCACUGAUGAUGUCACCCACUGUGCCGAUUUACAAAGACAACUGCAACAGAGCCAGGAGGACGCGGAUCGCCUGCAGCAGCAGCUGCGCGAGAAGGAUGCCAACCACAAACAGCAGUUAGAAGAGCAGAUCACAGAGAAUAACAGACUGCAAAAUGAGAAGAACCAACUUGAGGAUAAUGUACAAGAUCUCCAAAACAGACUGAGUAAUGUGGAAGAUAAGACAAUCUAUGCCAGGCAGGUGACUUUGGAUCCAAACUCAGCACACCCGAGAAUAGCUCUUUCUGCAGAUAACACCAGGAUUUCUACUACUGCGGAAGCACAAAACGUCCCCGACAAUCCAGGCCGGUUUGAUGUGGUUCUCGCUGUCCUUGGCACGACUGGCUACUCAACUGGCAGACACUACUGGGAGGUGUCUGUAGCUGGGAAGCUUUGUUACCACCUUGGGAUGGCCAGUGAAUCUGCUCAAAGAAAGGGAUUGAUGAAGUUCAGUUCAGCAAACGGUUUCUGGACGCUAGUCAUGAACAAACAGGGUCAGUUGAGAGCUGUCGAUAGGAAACCUUUUAUUAUUCCAAUUCAGACGCAACCUCUUACACUGGGAAUUCUGCUGGACUACAAAAAGGGACAGAUCUCAUUUUACGACGCUGGUGCCAGAUCUCAUAUGUACUCAUUUGUAGGUCAAAGAUUUACAGACAAGAUCUAUCCAUUUGUCAAUUUCUGUGUUGAAGAUGUUGAAGGCCUGACACCAAUAGAGUUACUCUCUCCUGGUUCAGUUGACUGGAUAAAAUAGAGAACAGGGCAAAUUAUAUUUUGUCCGAUGUAAAUCUUAGCCAUGUCUCUCAUUUAUCGUAACCUUAGUAGGGAAAUAAAACAAUCCCUGUGACUGCAGAGUAGUUCUCACACAUACUGCUGCUAAAUGUUUCAGACAAUUAAACAACAAAUAUACAGUGA